CUCCACCCUCGAGCGAAUCGACCAGCUUUCUCACCAUGAAAUUGCAUAUUUUAUUGUUGAUGGCACUUCCCAUGUGCCUGGCUGAGUUCUCGAUCCAGGGACCUAGCGACGGCCAUCGACGAGCCCAGGGUCUUAAGUUCAGUGAGGAGAAAGGAAUCGAAUACACAGAUGCAAGCGAAGGAGGGGGUCCUGGAGACUUCACCAUUCAAGGGGCGACCGACGGUAACACCAACUUCAGGAUCCAAGGUGCUUCGGAUGGGCACUCGGACUUUCAGAUUCAAGGGCCCUCGGAUGGUGGAGCGGCUACCUUCAACAUACAAGGGGCUACCGAUGGGCAUAGCCAGUCCUUAAUUCAGGGACCGUACGAUGCUAAUCAGGGUAACACGAAGGCGCUCCAGUACGACGAUCCCAGCGGGUACAGAGUAAACUGGAGAUCAUACGACCGUCAAACGCGUCCGCGAGCGCAGACGGAAGUGCAGUACGCAACACAACCUGCACCAAUUCAACGUGGCGCUCGACAGCGAGCUCAUCGGCCGCAAUUGCAGCAGCAACCGCAGCCGCAGCCGCAGCCGCAGCCGCAAUCGCAACCGGAUCCCAUUCCGAACUACAAGCCUUACGCCAACGCACCGCAGCGAAUCCAGCAGUUGCUGCAAUUCCAACAACAAAUUCCGUACAUCAACAUAAUUCCGGAACCAUACAGAUUUGACGAGGCAGCCGCGGUGCAGGCUCAGUCCCAGCAGGUCCGAGCACAUCUUCAGCAGCUGCAGCAGGAAGCUGCGACCGCACAGCCACCCACCCCGAUACAGGCGCCCGUAUAUACCCCGGAACGGCGUCAACCCAAGUCGCGCGGUCAAUCGAGAAGCAAACGUCAAACGCAUCCUCAACAGCAGCAGCAAUACCGCAGGAUAUCUCAGCCGCCGACGGAGCCGCAGCCGCAGUACUCCACCAAUCUGCCGACUCAGCUGCGCGAUUUGCUUCAGUACCAGGCGCAAAUACCGUACGACAUCAUCGCCAACCAGAUCGUGUACCGUCCGGACAAACCGUACGUGCCGCAUCGCGUGGAUCCGCCGCAGCAGCAGCAGCAACAGCAACCGAUACAGCAAGCACUACAGCAAGCGCAGUACCAAGGUCAAGGUGGUGCUUACCAAAGUCAAGGUGGUGCUUACCAAGGUCAAGGUGGUGCUUACCAAGGUCAAGGUGGUGCUUACCAGGGUCAGGGUGGUGCUUACCAGGGUCAAGCCAGUUCGUACACGCAGGCUCAAAUACCUGCGUAUAAUCCGGGUCAGCAGUAUCAGCAGGGUGGAUACAAUCAACAACUUGGGUACAAUCAACAGCAGCCUGGCAUUCGACCUGUCACCGAGAAUUAGUACUGAUUGUUCGUCGUUUAUGUACGGUGUGAUUACUGUACUUUGUUUCUAUUUAGCGAAGCGAAAUCAAUUUUAGGGGGAGACUGAGUUUUAAUUUGUAAUAUAAAUUAGAUGCUUACACUUUUUAUACUAUUUAUAGUUAAAAA